UGAAGGGGGCGAAGAAGAAGUCCGCUCUGCUGCCGCCGCCGUUGUCGUCACGUCACGGGCGUCACAGCAGCUGGAUCCCUCCCUACUCGAGACGGGUCAUAUUUUCUGAACGGCGCACGGAAUUAUCAUGGAUCGAGGCUACGGUUCCGGUUACUCCGGUUGGGGAGGUGGAGGGUCGGGCAGCAGAGGUUCUGGUGGCUUUGACCUGUAUGGUGGAGGCUAUAAGGACUCAAUGUCUGGGCUCGGGGGGUAUGGAGGAGGAGGAGGUGGAGGAGGCGCCGGCGGCGGCCACAGUGGUCACAGCGGCCACAGCCAAAUGAAGAGAGGUCUAUCUGGAUCCUCCCUGCUGUCAUCCACGGGCACACAUGCAGAUGCAGUCAUUGCCAAGAUCAACCAGCGACUGGACAUGCUCACUCAGUUGGAGGGAGGGUUGAAGGGGUCUCGGAGUGACAGGUUUGACCAGUACGAGUCAUACGACUCGCGCACUUCCUCUCUCGCCUCCUCCCGAGAUCUCUACAGAUCUGGCGGCGGUAGCUAUGGUUACAGUGAUGGCCGUGGGGACAGUCUGCUGUUGGGUCAGCGUGGAGGCUCGGGCUUCGGAGGGGGAAUGGGGCUAGGAGGGGGAGGAGGAGGCUUUGACAGCCCGUCCUCUUCCUAUGGAGUCGCUAAAAUGCGACAGAGUAUGAGGGAGUCCUUCACCAGUGGCCAGGGAGGAGGCUCUGGAAGUGGAGGAUGGGCUGGAGCAGGCCGACGUUCCCCCAGAAGGGGUGGAAGUGCUGGGGGUCGAGGAGCUGGAGGAGGUUUUGGAAGCCACAGGUCUGACCCCACCCUGUUAGGCGGUGGGAGGGGAGGUGGCAGUGGUGGCCAGUCUCACCGCGGCCACUCUCCAGGAGGUGGUAGAGGCAAGCUCCCAUCCCUCCUGUCCAACCGCAUGUACCCCGAGAGUGGGGGCUUCCAUCAGGGUUCCGCCCAAGGGCCUCACGACUUCCCCGGGAGGGACUUUGGAGGGGGCCCACGGGCCGGCCGCCAGCGAGGCCGCAAGAGACCCCUCAACAAACAGGUGAAGCCACAGCGUGAAGUCCAGAAGAAGAGAAAACAGACACUUACUGAGGCCGACGAACCAGAGUCGAAGAUAAACAAGACGGAGAGCGUAGCGUCGGUGGUUACUUCACAAGUGCCAGCUGAAAAGAACGGGGACAGCAGCGAACCAAAGACUGCAGCUGAGGAGACGAAACCUGCUGAAGAUGGAAAUAAAGCCGCUGAAGAGGAGAAAAGGUCACCGGGCAAACAGACCCCGGUCCAGGGUCAAGACAAGCACCCAAAGAUGAGAAAGAGAAGGGGCUUCCUGGAAAGGGUGAUGUUUGCGUGUUCAGUUUGCAAGUUCCGCUCGUUCUACAAGGAGGAAAUGGAAACUCACCUGGAAAGCCGCUUCCACAAGGACCACUUCAAGUUCCUUUCCAGCCAACUGUCCAAGCCCACGACAGACUUCCUACAGGAUUACCUGCAGAACAAAUUUAAGAAGACAGAUCAGAGGGUCAGCCAGUUGGAAAACCACAGUGCUGCCAUCUGCCAGGUGUACAAGGAGCAGGACCUCACCAGGGAUCUCGGUAUGGAGCACUUCAUGAGGAAGGUGGAAGCCGCUCACUGUGCAGCGUGUGACCUCUUCAUUCCCAUGCAGCCGCACCUGAUACAGAAACACGUCAAGUCUCCCGACCACAACUACAACCGCAAGGGGAUGAUGGAGCAGUCCAAGAGGGCCAGUCUGUCCGUCGCUCGCAGCAUCCUCAACCACAAACUCAUCGGCAAGAAGCUGGAGAGCUACCUCAAGGGUGAAAAUCCGUUCACUGGUAACCAGGACGAUGUGGAUGCAGAGGACUCCAUGGUGAUGGACGUGUCCGAGUUGGAGUUAACUAGCGAGACGGCCGACGGUGAGACGGAGCAGACGGAGCAGACAGAGGCGCCGCCGCUCAAAGACGACGGGCCUGCGGCGGCGGAGGGAGACGCAGGCGGCCAGGAGGCGGCCGAGGGCGAAGCAGCAGCAGCGGUGGUGGUGGCUGCGGAGGAGGAGGAAAAGAUGGAGGAGGAGCAAGGAGUGGUGGCAGCAGAGGAGAAGGAGAAGGAGAAGGGGACCCAGGAAGAAGAGGAGGAUGGUUUUGAAAUUGGAGACGAGGAGGGGGAGGAGGAGGGAUACGUGGUGCACGACGAAAUCGGGGAAGAGGAUUUACAGGGCGACCAGGAAGCAGAAAAAGAGGAGGACGAAGGAGUGGAGGCAACAGAAGUGGUGGAGGAGGAAGACGAGAACAAAGAAUAAACUUUAGUCCCCCGGGUCUCACGUCUCCACCUAAACAUCUAUCUGGACCAGUCAUCCCCCCCCCCCUCCAACUCAUCCUAAUUUAAUUUCUAGAUCAAUUCAGAAAUAGUCACAUUGCUCCCUUUUUCUUUACCCUCCGUCUAAAACUCUGAGCUUAUAAAAUUGUCCCUUUUUUGUUAAAGGGACAGUUCCACAUUUUGGGGAAAAUUCUCUUUUUCACGUUUUUUUUCUUCUUCUGCCGAGCUAGGAUAAUAUUGAUUUCACUACAUCAGUGUUUCCCAUUAAUGAUCUUGACUGUCGUGUUCUGCCUCACUGUCCUUAUGAAAUAAACAUUUUGUUCACAUAUAAUAACAUGAAAUGAUCCCUAACGUAGUGAGCCGUCACGCUUGCAACGUUACAAAACACUAAGCUAGAGACCCUUUUUUAAAUAUGGUGUCCAAACAUUUUGUAUCAUUCUGAAACUGGCUUUAGUUUCCUUUUCCUCUUUUGAACAGUGGAGAGAGCUCGGCUGGUGGUUUGCCGACUUAACACAAAUCUAAUCUCACAAAUCUUGCCUUUUCACGAGUCGCAUCAAUGUUCUAAUUUUACACUCGGGGGGCGAAGAAAGCAAGAAUGUCCCAGAAUGUCAAACUGUUCCUCUUUUCUUUUUUUUUUGUGCCUUUUGUUGAAAAUAUUCUUUAUUUGGAUCAAUUUAGAGAAAAAGAAAAGAAAAAGAAAAUCAUGAGUAUUGCGAAGUUGACACGUUUUGCUCAUCAGAGUCGACACGAUGCCGCGGUGGUGUUGAGCUUAUUGCCAGUGUUCGUUAUAUAAGUAGAUGUUUGUUCCCUGACGGGCUUUUUCUUCUACAGCUGCAGUUACUGAGAUAUUUGACUUAUGGACUUUACUGUACGUCGAGUAAAGUGUGGUAUAUUCAGAACGGUUACGGUCGUCGUCGUCUUCAUCGUCAACGGUUUUGUUUCACUCUUGAGUAAGAAGAAUAAACUUGUUGAAUGAA